CAGGCCUGGCCAGACUUCCCGGAGGAGCUGCUGGACUUGCCGCCCAGCCCUGGCCGUGAGAAGCCUCCGUGGUGGGACGUCCCCGAAGCGGGUCCCAUGAACCAGAUGCAGUUUAUGCUGCUUUUUAGUCGUCAGGGGAAGCUGAGACUUCAGAAGUGGUAUGUCCCGUUGUCUGACAAAGAGAAGAAGAAAAUCACGAGGGAACUUGUUCAGACAGUUCUGGCCCGUAAACCAAAAAUGUGCAGCUUCCUGGAGUGGAGAGACCUGAAGAUUGUCUACAAAAGAUAUGCAAGCCUUUACUUCUGCUGUGCUAUUGAAGAUCAGGACAAUGAACUGAUAACCCUGGAAAUAAUUCAUCGUUAUGUGGAACUACUUGACAAGUAUUUUGGCAGUGUGUGUGAACUUGAUAUCAUCUUCAAUUUUGAAAAGGCUUAUUUUAUUCUGGAUGAGUUCCUGUUGGGAGGGGAAGUUCAGGAGACCUCCAAGAAAAAUGUUCUUAAAGCCAUUGAGCAGGCAGAUCUGCUACAGGAGAGCCAGAAUGAAGACUGGGGAGGUUUGUCUGAGGAUAUCUUAUGAUUAAGAGCAGUCUAAGGCUUUAGCCCUUUUGACCCCCCUCUAAAUUGGAAGCAGAGACUCCACGUAGUGUACUUGAAGAAAUUGGACUCACAUAAAUCUCCUCUGAAGUCUCCUGGUGUUUCACAUACUGUAAAUGUCCACUGCCAUCAUUUUAAUGUUUAGCUAAUGGUGUAGAUGCUGUUCGUCAGUAUUACUGUUUUGCUAAAUUGCUUCAUUCAGGCCUACAAGAAAAUAUCCCACUUAAAGUUUAAAAAAAGGGAACAAAAUUGUAAAACCUCCAAAAAGGAUAAAAGAAAGGGAUUUCAAUUCAAGACCUGUCUCUUUGGUGCAUUUGAGAAAAUCAUAGGUGACGACUUCAGUAAUUAUACUGUUGAAUAAGCAACUGUGACUUAAGGAAACAAGUGAAUCAGCUUCGGUACAUUGUCAUGUUUAACAGAAAGAAAAGUACAUGUGACAACUUUAAAUGUAACAAUGUGGAACUUGGUUUUAUGCAACCAAAGACUUAUUUGUUCAUCUACAUUUUGUGUCAACAUUUGUGAAAAAUCUGUUUUUUUUUUUUUCAGUUAAUACAGAAAGAUCUGGAACUAACUGUUUACUAUGGAAUUGUUUUCAUUACACCGAAGAACCCUAUUAUGAUCUGUAUAUCAAACUAGUAUGAGCUGUUAAGGUGGCUUCAUUUUUUAGCAACAAAGCUGCAACCCCAGACCAUUUGAUAGAAAUGGAAGUAUUCAGUACAAAGAUUUUACACAAAAGUACAUGAGUUAAUGUAUUAUAAAGGGAAUACAAAUUAUUUUUUAUAGCCUGCAUAUUGGAACCAUCCUGUUUUUAACAUCAGUAUUAUUGCUUAACCACUAUAGACUUAUACCUUGAUUAUGUACUUUGCCCUUCUCCCUAUUCAGAUGAGUAGAUAAUGUAAAAUAUGCUGGGGUAGCACUUGACAUCAUGGAGAGGAAGGGAUAACCUAAAGGGAAAGUUAAAAAUGUGCAAUUUAAAAUUUAGGGAGACAAGGUGAGUGUGGUAAUAUCUUUUAUUGGACCAACUUCUGUUGGUGAGAGAGACAGGCUUUUGAGCUUGCAACAUGUCAGGUCUGAGAAAUGUACUCUGAGGGUCACAGCUAAAUACCAGGUGAAACAGAUUGUUUAGCAUAAGUAUUUAACACACAUUUCAAGGACCAUUCAAGGCAAAGUGGCCCAUUAACACCCCUCCAGUCAUAGGGGGAAACAGAAUGGAGAGAAGGCAGCUGGGGGAAGGUUGUUAAUCCUGGCGGACCCUUCCCAAAAGUGGGGGGACCAGGGCUCCUGCCCCUCUGUGGCUCUGCCUGAGACCCUACCCCCUGUCAAGCCGGAAGCUGGAUCAGGCUGAGAGCCAUGGACUCUCCACCUGCCUGGGGCUUGGGGGACCCCUAGAACAGCCCAUGGUCUGUGUUCUCGCCCUGCGGGCCCCCUGCCCAGGGUAGGUAGAGGGCGCAUGGCCCCCCACACCGCCUGCAUGGCUUUUACCUCAACCCAGCUCCAGCCAAGGCAUAGGGCCUCAGAGCUGCAGCCCGGCUGUGGGAAGAGCCAAACAGCCAGUCAGAUGUGAAGGGCUGCGGACCUUUCGUCUGGCCUGGAUGAGGGACCCCAGGGCUUCUCUUUGGCACCCCACCCUGGGCGGGUGGAGAGUCAGUGGUGCAGCACCUCCUGGUGCCCAGGCUCCCCAGCUGGGCUCCAGCUGCUGGCCUGGGCUGAGCUGGGGGG